AUGUUUUCUUCUAAUACUAAAGAAGAAGGUGGUGAAAAAAAUAACAAGAAUCUUUUUGAAAUUUUGAGUGAAAAUAAAGAGUCAACAACAAACAAUUCUAUUAAAGAAGAAGGUGAUGAAAAAAAUGGCAAUAAUCUUUUUGAGGUUUUGAGUGAAAAUGAAGGAGGUGAAAAAAAUGGCAAGAAUCUUUUUGAGGUUUUGAGUGAAAAUAAAGAGUCAACAAAAAACAUGAAAUUUAAUGAAGAGAAUCAAGUUACAAAAGAUCUAACAGGUGAUAAAAAUUCUGAUUAGGGAUUAGGGAUUAGGGAAUAGGAAUAUAAGGGUUGAUGAAUGUCUUGAAAGGUAUUUAAAGAGAGGAGGAGAAGUUUUUUGUUCUGGCGUUUAUAGAAU